AAAACAUUUCCAAAGUUCUCCAAGCAAAAUGAGAACCGGUUUCUUCAGCUGCUGACCUUUUGACGCCGACACAAAGGACCGCAUGGAGGCGAGUCACGGACGUGAGGCUCUUGUGACUCGCCGGGACUCCCUCGGUCUGUCCGCUGGCUUUGUUGCUUCAGGAAUUCCGAGGCGGCAGGUGGCCAGGAAAAGACAGCAAAGUCACGAGUCGGCAGAGGCCACAAGCGUCCAAACACAAUCUGCUUGUUUCACCACACGUGAUGUUGAAGCAGGUUGGAGUUGAUGCCAGGAGUCUCACAGGAACAUUAACUCAACAACGUAAAGAGAGAGAGAGAGAGAGCUCGGUGAUGUCUUAAAGUCCCCACCAAAGGAGGACACGUCCCAGUCUUCACAAGUGUCCCGGGGGUCUUCCUGCUGACUGUUGAUUCCGUCGGAAGCCGGACGUCAUUUUCACUGCAGGAUGGGCUUCAGUGAGUUGCUGGAGGAGAUUGGUGGAUUUGGGAGGUACCAGUGGCUCCACGUGACCUUGAUCAGUCUCCCGGGCCUCCUGAUGGCGAGUCAGAACCUUUUAAACAACUUUGUGUCUGGAACCCCCUCCCACCACUGCAGUCUGGCCAAUUAUAGCCUCCUGGACACGCUUCCGCAGCAGGUGGAGCAGAAAGACAUCUUGAAGGCCUUCAUACCUCUGGACUCCUCAGGAACAAAACUAGACCGCUGCAGCAGAUACGUGACGCCUCAGUGGCAUCUGCUGACGGCUAACAGCUCCACAAACACCAGCCACUUGCAAACUGAAAGCUGUGUGGACGGGUGGACCUUCGACCAGUCCGAGUUCCUCGCCACCACCGUUUCCGAGUGGGAGCUGGUUUGUUCCCUGCGUCCUCUCAAGCAGAUGAUUCAGACCAUCUAUAUGGGCGGAGUUCUGACUGGCGCCAUCAUCUACGGCGGCCUGUCCGACAGGUUUGGGCGGCGGACUGUGCUUAUUUGGUCGUACUUGCAGUUGGGCAUCCUGGGCUGUAGCUCUGCCCUCUCGCCGACGUACACCAUCUACUGCGCUUUUAGGUUUCUGAGUGGGAUGGCAGUGUCGGGGGUCAUCCUGAACUCCGUCUCCCUGAAGGUGGAGUGGAUUCCGACCAAAACCAGGACGCUGGUGGGCACGCUUACCUCCUUCUUCUUCACCUUUGGUCAGCUGAUCUUGGCGGGCUUGGCUUACUGGCUGAGAGAUUGGAGGAAGCUCCAGCUGGUCGUCUGCGCUCCCCAAUUCCUGUUCUUUGCCUACAGCUGGUGGUACUCGGAGUCGGCGCGAUGGAUGGUUCUGAAGCGGAAAUAUGAAGAGGCGUUGAAGACCCUCCAGCGAGUUGCCCGGAUCAACGGAAAGAAGGAAAUGGUGGACAAGCUGACAUUGGAGGUUCUAAACUCCCACAUGAAGAAAGAGAUCGAGUCCUCCCAGACAAUGUUCACAGCCUAUGACUUGGUGAGGACCGCAGCAAUGAGGCGCAUCUCUGUGUGUCUCAUCGUAGUCUGGUUCUCCACCAGCUUCGCGUAUUACGGCCUGGCCAUGGACCUGCAGAAGUUCGGGGUGAGUAUUUACCUGAUCCAGAUCAUCUUUGGAGCUGUUGAUAUCCCCGCCAAAUUUGUGGCUCUGGGCAUGCUCAGUUAUCUCGGGAGGAGAGUGUCGCAGGCCACAUGCCUCUUCAUGUCCGCCCUCAUCAUCUUUGCCAACAUCUAUGUCCCGACAGACAUGCAGACCGUCAGAACCAUACUGGCGUGUCUCGGUAAAGCCUUCAUGUCAGCGUCCUUCACCACCGUCUACUUGUACACUGGAGAACUUUACCCCACCAUCAUCAGGCAGACCGGAAUGGGUCUGGUCUCCACCAUGGCCAGGGUUGGCAGCAUGGCGGCGCCGGCCGUCCUCAUCCUGGACGAGGUGUUCCCUUCGCUGCCCAGUGUGGUCUACGGGGGUGCGGCUGUGAUAGCCGCAGGCUUCGCUUGCUUCCUACCUGAGACGCUCAACGUUCCGCUGCCAGAAACCAUCCAGGAUGUGGAGGAGAGAUGGUCUGGAAAAAGUGUGGCGGACAAGAAGAAAAAGGGAGAAUCUUCAGAAGAUGAGCAAGUGGUGUCCUUCAAAGACGUGAAGGAAAUCGAAGGAAGCGGUCUUAACGCUCUCUGACACUGCUCAUAAACACGCAACCAAUAUUCAUUAUUAUUACUAUUAAGGUCAGGGGUGUCAAACGUACGGCCCAAGGGCCGGAUCAGGCCAGCAAACAGGUUUUAUCCAGCCUGUGGGAUGAGUUUGCUAAGUAUAAAAAUUACCCUGAAAUUUUUUAGUGAAAGAAACGGCUGUUCUAAAUGUGUCCACUAGAUGUCACAAUAGCAAUUCUUUGUAUCUUUGUAGAUGAUGCUACAUAUGUAAAAAGAAAAUUUAAAUAAACCACAUGAUGUCAUGGAAAAUGAUCAAACUACAUUAAUAAUAGGGGUGUGGGAAAAUAUCAAAUCGCCAUUCUCACGUAUCGAUUCUCAUUUUUCAAAAAUCGAUUUUUUUUAUACCUUUUUAUUUAUUAUUAAUCAAUCCAACAAAACAAUACACAGCAAUACCAUAACAAUGCAAUCCAAUUCCAAAACCAAACCCGACCCAGCAACACUCAGAACUGCAAUAAACAGAGCAAACACGACACAAAACAAUCCAAAAGUAGUGAAACAAAAAUGAAUAUUCUCAACAACAGUAUCAAUAUUAGUAACAAUUUCAACAUAGCAGUGAUUAAAAAUCCCUCAUUGACAUUAUCAUUAGACAUUUAUAAUUUAAAAAAAAAUGAAUAGUGUCACAGUGGCUGACACUUGCAUCGCAUCUCAUAAGCUUGACAACACACUGUCCAAUAUUUUCACAAAGAUAAAAUAAGUCAUAUUUUUGGUUCAUUUAAUAGUUAAAAUAAAUUUACAUUAUUGCAAUCAGUUGAUAAAACAUUGUCCUUUACAAUUAUAAAAGCUUUUUACAAAAAUCUACUACUUUGCUUACAUGUCAGCAGACUGGGGUAGAUCCUGCUGAAAUCUUAUGUAUUGAAUGAAUAGAGAAUCCUUUUGAAUCGGGAAAAUAUUGUUUUUGAAUCGAGAAUCGUGUUGAAUUGAAAAAAUGUAUUUAUAAUCGAAUCGUGACCCCAAGAAUCGAUAUUGAAUCGAAUCGUGGGACACCCAAAUAUUCGCAGCCCUACUAAAUAACAUCCUGUAAUUUGAUUUUGAUAUUUUUUUUACCUUGAUAGAUUGAAAAUGAACACCAAUGAGUUGACUGAUGAACAUUAUCACAUCAUUUAUUCUGAAAAUAUAAAUAACAUCAAAUAAAGAUAGAAUCAUAUUAACUGCAACAAGUAAGUGUAAAAAAACAAGAAAGAUUUGUACAAUUUCAGAAUGUGCUUGUUCUAUUUUUAAACAAAGAAAACAAUGUGAAGUUGUCUUUAUUUUUAAGUGAUUUUACCAGUCCGGCCCACUUGGGAGUAGAUUUUUCUCCAUGUGGCCCCCGAUCUAAAAUGAGUUUCACACCCCUGAUUUAAGUACCGUAUUUUUCAGAGUAUAAGUCGCACCGGUCGGAAAUGCAUAAUAAAGAAGGGAAAAAAAACAUAUAAGUCGCAUUUAUGGGGGAAAUUUAUUUGAUAAAACCCAACACCAAGAAUAGACAUUUGAAAGGCAAUUUAAAAUAAAUAAAGAAUAGUGAACAUAUGAGGCAUAAAUAACCAACUGAGAAGGUGCCUGGUAUGUUAACGUAACAUAUUAUGGUAAGAGUCAUUCAAAUAACUAUAACAUAUAGAACAUGCUAUACGUUUACCAAACAAUCUGUCACUCCUAAUCGCUAAAUCCCAUGAAAUCUUAUACGUCUAGUCUCUUACGUGAAUGAGAUAAAUAAUAUUAUUUGAUAUUUUAGGGUAAUGUGUUAAUUAUUUCACACAUAAGUCGAUCCCGAGUAUAAGUCGCACCCCUGGCCAAACUAUGAAAAAAACUGCGACUUAAUAGUCCGAAAAAUACGGUAAAUAACAUCCUGUAAUUUGAUUUUGACAUCAUUUUUUUAUCCUGAUAGGUUGAAAAUGAACACCAAUGAGUUGACUGAUAAACAUUAUCACAUAAUUUAUUCAGAAAAUAUAAAUAACGUUAAAGAUGUGAUACUAUUAACCGCAACAUGUAAGUGUAAAAAACAACAACAUUAUAAUUUGAUAGAAAGAUAAUUUAUUCAGAAAAUAUAAAUAACGUCAAAUAAAGAUGUGAUACUAUUAACCGCAACAUGUAAGUGUAAAAAAAAACCCCAACAACAUUAUGAUUUGUACAAUUUCAGAAUGUGCUUGUUCUAUUUUUAAACAAAGAAAACAAUCUGAAGUUGUCUUUAUUUUUUUAUUAUUUUGCCGUGAUUUUACCAGUCCGGCCCACUUGGGACUAGAUUUUUGUCCAUGUGGCCCCCGAUCUAAAAUGAGUUUGACACCCCUGAUUUAAGUAAUACGCCGCUGAUCGUCGUAUCCACAUUAUACUUGAAUGUUACAGUAAUAAAACCGAUUUAUAAGAUUAGCACUUUAAAUGCACUUAUUUCCAUUCAAAAUGAUUAAUGAUUUGAUAAUAGAUUAGAUAUAUAUAGCGCUUUUCUAGGCACUCAAAGUGCUUCAGAGAGAAGUGAGAACCCAUCAUUCAUUCACACCUGGUGGUGGUAAGCUACUUUCGUAGCCACAGCUGCCCUACGGCUCCUCCAAUCACCACCUAUCAUUCACCAGUGUGAGCGGCACCGGGGGCAAGGGUGAAGUGUCCUGCCCAAGGACACAAUGACAGCGAUUUGGAUGGUAAGAGGCGGGGAGCGAACCUGCAACCCUCAGGUUUCUGGCACGGCCGCUAUACCCCACUACGCCAUGCCGCCCCAAAAUUUAAAAAAAUGUAUUCAGUUCAAAGAAAAUAAAACUCGACAGACAACUGAA